CCGACUCUGCGUGACUGACCGACGCCUAUCCGCGAGAGCAAAAUUACCACCGCGUACCUCCUCAUCUCAGAAAAAGAGAGAGGGAGAAGAACAGAGAGAAAAGAGGAAGCCGAUUAGAGAGGUGUGGACAAAGUUAGAAAAUUAAGUAAAAAAUCUUACUAAUGAAGACAAGGGGGUCGCGUUGUAACGGGAACUAAAGGAACUUUCAACAACUUGUUUUUUUUUUUUCUUUGUGUGGCUUCCAGCUACGCUCCUUAUUUUACAUUUUUUUUUUGGCUUCGAAAACUUUUUUGUUGGAAGCAAAGAUGCGGAUAGGCGGCGGAAGCAGACAGGCCGGAGCGUGAAUUUUCAGGCAGAACACCAACAGGGGCCGGGAGACUCCUGGGAUACGUUAGAAUAACCUGGAUCGACUUUGAGGUGGUUGAAAUAUCUUAGGUUUUUUAAUCGACUACACGGUUGUUUUUGGCAGAUCUCAGCGGGCUUUGACACGGAGGACCUGCGCGUGACCAAACAUGCUGAAGUGGCUGAGUGAGGUGUUCUGGCAGGAGCGAUUGUGGUUCCCUGAAGGUUUAGGGUGGGCGGAUCUUGAGGACCGUGAUGGGCGUGUCUAUGCAAAGGGGCGGGACCUGUGGGUAGCCCUGCCCAUUGCCUUUGUCUUCCUGGUGGUACGAUGGAUCUUCGAGAGGACUGUAGCCACUCGAUUGGCUUCUCUGCUUGGUGUGAAAGAGAUUGUACGAGUCAGAGCAACACACAACCCAACACUGGAGUCCUACUACUGCAGCACCAGCAAAUACCCAACACAGAGCUGCGUAGAGCGUUUAUCUAAACAGUCGGGCUGUACAGAGAGGCAGGUUCAGCGCUGGUUCAGACGACGCCGAAACCAGGACAGACCCAACCUCCUGAAAAAGUUCAGAGAGGCCAGCUGGAGAUUUACCUUUUAUCUUCUUGCUUUCAUUGCUGGCCUGGCCGCCCUCGUUGAUAAACCCUGGCUGUAUGAUCUACAGGAAAUGUGGAAAGGAUUCCCUACCCUGACUCUCUUGCCGUCUCAGUACUGGUACUAUAUGAUCGAGUUGGGUUUCUACGCCUCUCUCCUCUUCAGCGUGGCCUCUGAUGUCAAGCGCAAAGACUUUAAAGAACAGAUCAUUCACCAUGUGGCGACCAUCAUGUUAAUCAGUUUCUCGUGGUGUGUGAACUAUAUCAGAGCAGGAACUCUCAUUAUGCUCCUACACGACUCUUCAGAUUACCUGUUAGAGUCGGCUAAGAUGUUUAACUAUGCAGGAUGGAGGAACACCUGUAAUUACAUCUUCAUCCUCUUCGCCGCAGUCUUCAUCGUCACACGCCUCAUCAUCUUCCCCUUCCGGAUAAUGUACUGUACGUGGAUCUACCCAGUGACUGUCUAUCCACCGUUCUUUGGUUAUUAUUUCUUUAACGGGCUCCUGAUGAUCCUCCAGUGUCUCCACUUAUUCUGGGCAGUUCUCAUCAUCCGCAUGGCCGUCAGGUUCCUCACCAGCAAUGAGACAGUGGAGGAUGAGCGGAGUGAUAAAGAGGAGACUGACGAGUCGGGAGAGGAGGAAGAGGAAGACAAAACCAGAGAGAUGAAGAGGAACGGACCGAUACAGAACGGACACGUCAUACACAACAACAACCACCGCAAAACGGAGUGACGUGUGUGAAAGGAAGAGUGCGCAAAGGACAGAGGACCGACCCCAGUCUCUCUCUCCCCAGUCGUUAGAGAGAAAAAGAGAAAGAAAGACAGAGAGAGGGAGAGAGAGGGAUGGGAGAACAGAGAGGUGGAAAAGAGGGAUUCAUUCAUUCUAGCUGUUGGAGAACAAUUGAUAAAGCCUUUCCUUCGAGUACACUACAAAAGAAAAAAAAAAACAGCAAAAAAACCACACACACACACACACACACACACUCACA